UAUGCAUAAUUACAACGUCGAUCAUAAAUACAAGUUCUAGACACGUAUCGGUAAUUGGUUUGAAGAAUGGGAGCUAGAUGAAACCAAGUGAGAAUUUGUUCAUGAAUUUAUUAGGAAAAAAGAUUAUUUGAAAAAUAGAUAAAAUGGGUAACUGGCAAGCAUUGUCAAAGAUUAAAAAACACAUUUUAGUCUUAGAUUAGCUUCACUUACUUUUCCUUAAGACCAAUUUAUUCAUUUUGGAUUCCAUAUUAUGCUUUAAAAUCUCAAAACAUAAGGCUUUCUAUCCAUCGACAUCUAAGAAAAAUUAAAAAUUCCCGAAGAAGCAUACAAUGUUACUACUGCAACAACAACUCAACCUACUGUAAGAUCUGUAUUUGUAGUUGUACCAUAUACCAAAGAACCCAAUUUCUUUGGGGAUGAUCUCUUACAUUAUGGACAACAUUUCAGAAUUCUUGCAAACCCAAGAAUCUCAAACAAUAAAAACUUCUAUCUCCAUUCACUCCCAUAGACUCCAACUAGAUGUGCCAAAAUAUCUAGAAAAUAAGAGGUCUGCGCGAUAGAAAAUGAUGUGUUUAAUACAGUUUGGAAAUUAGAACAUUCAGAUCCUAAAAUUAGAUUUGAAAUGGAAGGAUAACCAAUUAGAAUAAAUGAUAUUGUGUUAGUUAAACAUUCAUUUACUUAACAUUGGUUAGCAAGUGAUGAUAUAAUCUAUUAAAAUGACUUUGGUAGAGAAAGAGAAGUCUUCGUUCAUUCUUAUUAAUGCUUGAAUAAAACAUAAAACUUAAUAGCAGAAAAAGAGGGUCGUACAACUAUUGACAUUCCAUUAAGAAAUUAAGAGUAUCAAUAAUCACUAUUUCUAAAGACCUUAAAAUUUAUGGAAAUUUGUCGUUGCAAAUAAAUCGAGUGAGUAAUUUGAUGAAUCUGUAAUGGAUGAUAAUAGAAAUGUUAAAAAUUUAAUGAUACGAGUUAAAUAAUAAAUUACUAGUAAAGGUGCUUAUGGAUUAAGAGGGUUGGCAAAAAUCUUUUUUGAAAUGGAUAUCAAUAAUAGUAAUUAUUUCCAAAUAUUAUUAGAUGGAAUAGUAGAAUAUGAAGAUUUUAAAUGGGGUUUAAGAAACUUUGGACUCAAUCUUUCUGAAGAUGAAACCAAAAUGAUUUUCUCAACAUUUGAUAAGAACAACAAUUCAAAAAUUGAAUUCAACGAAUUUUUAGAUGCUUUUAGAGUAAUUACUUAAUUUCAACUAUUAGUAAUAAAUGAGUGAUAAGAGACUUUAUUUUGUUCAACGAGCAUAUGCAUCAAUUGAAUAACGUGCUGGUAAAGUUACUUUGGAUGCAAUGGGUAGAACUAUUAAUGUUAAGGAACAUCCUGAUGUACUAAAGGGAUAUAAAACAGAAAGAUAAGUAUUUUAAGAGUUUUUAUCUAAUUGGAAUAAGGCAUAACCAGACAAAGUAAUCUCAUUUUAGGAAUUCGGAGAAUUCUAUUAAGUAAUUUUCAUAAUAAUUUCAUUUAGGAUGUAUCAUCAUCAAUUUUGUAAGAUGAGACAUUUGAAGCAAUUUUAAAGAAAUCAUGGAAUUUAUGA